UGGACAAAUUGCCCGUGAGGCUCAGCUGAGUGCGAUAGAUACUCUACAGCUGUUCGUAAGCGGACGUCUUCUCCUGACACGUGACACACCCCGGAAAUUGGUGACGUCCCAGAGCAACAAAGAUGGCAGGAAUAGGAAGCAGCAACUACUGGGAAGAUCUGCGAAAACAGGCCAGACAGUUGGAGAAUGAACUUGACCUGAAGUUAGUCUCCUUCAGUAAACUGUGCACCAGCUACAGCAGCUCCAGGGAUGGACGUCGAGGAGACACGUCAGACACCACCCCACUACUAAACAACUCUACCCAGGACAGGAUGUUUGACACCAUGUCUGUGGAGAUUGAGCAGCUGCUGGCCAAACUAACAGCAGUGAAUGACAAGAUGGCGGAGUACACCAACACCCCGGGCACGGCUUCUCUCAAUGCUGCUCUCAUGCACACACUUCAGAGACACAGAGACAUCCUUCAGGAUUACACACAUGAAUACCACAAAACCAAAGGUAACUUCUUGGCAAUUCGGGAAAGGGAAGACCUGCUAGGGUCUGUCCGGAAAGACAUUGAGACAUACAAGAGUGGCUCCGGGGUCAACAACAGAAGAACAGAGCUGUUUCUAAAGGAACAUGAGCACCUGAGAAAUUCGGACCGUCUGAUGGAUGACACAAUAAGUAUUGCCAUGGCGACCAAGGAGAACAUGACCUCUCAGAGGGGCAUGCUGAAAUCCAUACAGAGCAGGGUCAACACGCUGGCCAAUCGUUUCCCAACCAUCAACAAUCUCAUCCAGCGAAUCAACCUGCGGAAGAGACGGGACUCUCUGAUCCUGGGCGCGGUGAUCGGCGUGUGCACCAUUCUCCUUCUGCUCUAUGCUUUCCACUGAACGUGCCGGCCGGGUGAAAUCUUAUGAGGAGCAGGACUGAUCUGCUUCUUUGUAGCAUGGGCACCCCGAGGAGACUGAGCUCAGUGAUUGAAGGACCCUGGAGCCUCCCGAGCAGAAAGACAUUCGGUUGGUCCAGUUGUUGGAUGGGAACAAAAUUCGGUCAACGUGAACUUCUGAACUUGUAUUCAGCAGUGGGACAAAUGAAGGGCUGGUGGUUGGCUGCUCUUUGGCCAACAACAGAAGGGGGUCCAGAAGUUCAAAUAAGAUAAAAUAAUAAACAUUUACACUGAUAACUGAUAACUGAAACAGAGGAAAAGUGUGAAGAGACUGAGAGAAUGUGUGGUUUAUCUUUUUUUUUUUUUUUUUUUUCCCCCCCGCAGGUGGAAGGAUUUUUAGUUUAAUGAUCCUUUUUAAUGGAUGGAUUGGGAUGACUAGUUCAUUGUGGGCUGUAAAAUUUGAAUUAAUAAAUUAUUCAUGUCAGUAUGCGCAAAAAGGUGUGUGACACUAUUAGAUAAUAAACAUUUCAAAUAUUG